AAUAAUGUGCAGAUUCAAAAUGGACCAUCCUUAGCUAUAGAUGGUCGUGUUCCUGUUAUGUGCUACCAACUUUCGUUGUCUGCAAUAACGACCGGCACCUUCCUGUUGUAUACGGACGCCAGCCUCCACUUCUCAGACGACAGACCGUGGAUCCUUGCAGGCUGUGUUUGCUUACUUUUCGCCAGGGUCCUCCAUGCUCCAUUCACAUCGACUUUAGUGAGCGUACCCAAAAUUUGGAUACUGUUCAGAGAAGACAUAAACCGCGACAAACAAGCACUAUAUCUUUAUGAGCAUUUUAAAAAAGACCUUCCUGAUGGCCUCAUUUGCUACAGCUGUGCUGUCUUCCACAAACGCACACCCACAGAAAUGCUAACUUAUUGACUUAUCCAGUCUUUGCAAUACAUCGAAAGUCUCCAGGUCGACGCUACAUCUCUUUCAACAUCGCACAACCUCUUCUAUUGUGCUGAUUCUGGGAUACCCGCUGCCUUGGCUCCAGAUACAUCAGACGGCGCGGGUGCUGCGUCAAGGGCCAUAGCAUGGCUACGCUGUCCUGAAUCACGUCAAAGAAGAGUGCAACCCAGGGGGCAAGAGAUUUAUCUGGCAGACAGACUCAAAGGCACUUCUUGUC